AUGAGUUACGAAUCGUUGUUGUUGACCUUAUUAAUUCCAAGUCCAUCAUCUCCUGGGAAAGACAUAGAUGUAUUCAUGAGACCGUUAAUUGAUGAACUGAAACAGUUGUGGGAGACGGGUGUUGAAACCCGAGAUGCCUACAACGGAACUGUGUUUUCAAUGCGUGCGGUAGUGUUGUGGACAAUAAAUGACUUUCCUCCUUAUGCUCUAAUGUCUGGUUGGAGCACAAAAGGGUAUAUGGCGUGUCCCACUUGCAAUGAACAUACUCCUUCCAUUGGCCUAAAUAGUAAGAUUGGAUAUGUUGGCCACAGACGCUUUCUCGAAAUGAGUGAUCCGAGAAGGAGAAGCAAAAAGUACAAUGGUAAGCCUGAGAAGAGAGCACCACCUCCUGUAUUGACGGGGGAUGAUAUUUUAUCUCAAUUAGACCGAAUUCCAUUGACUUUGCCUGGAAAACACAAACAGUUCGGGGGUGUGAAACGGAAGCGUUCUAGUGAAGAGCUCAAUUGGUCUAAAAAAAGUAUUUUUUUUGAGCUUGAGUACUGGAAGUCAAAGUCCUUACGACAUAAUCUUGAUGUAAUGCACAUUGAGAAAAAUGUGUGUGAUAGCUUAGUAGGUACUCUUCUAAGUAUCGACGGGAAGUCAAAGGAUACCGACAAGGCGAGAAUGGAUUUGCAAGACUUGCAAAUACGACGAGAGUUGUGGUUGUAUGAAGACCGGAACGGGAAGUGGAAGAAGCCUCCAGCUAGUUACACACUUAGUGUUCAAGAACGGAUUGAAUUUGCAGACUUCAUAAAGUCUGUACGAUUUCCUGACAGUUUUGCAGCAAACUUAGACAAAAAUGUCAACUUGGAUACGGGCAAGAUUUCCGGGCUCAAAUCACAUGAUUGUCAUGUGUUGUUACAAUGUUUACUACCGGCAGGAAUCGUGCCGUCCGAAGGCUCUAUUGCUGAAUCUUUUGUGGUUAAUGAGGCAUUAACCUUUUGCUCAAUGUACUUUCGGGAAGUGGAAACUCGAUUCAACCGUCCUGACCGGAACAAUGACAUUGUCCAAAACAUGCCAACUCGACAAUUUUCUGUAUUCAAGCAUGUUGGUCGACCCCUCGGUAUGAGGACAGUCGACACCUUACCCAUGCAAAGCAAGCGUAAGGCGGAGUGGUACAUUUUGAACAAUUGCACAGAGGUUGAACCGUAUAUCAAUGAGCACAAGGAGUUGCUUCAAGCAAGGGGUGUAGGCAAUAUUGAGACAGUGCAAGAGACUGAUUUCCCUGAAUGGUUCAAAACUCAAAUUAAUGAACUACGGUUGACCAACCAGGGUGCAGUGUCAGAUGAGUUGUAUGCUAUCGCUAACCCAGCGAAUACAGCAAUUUAUUUUUAUCCAGGGUGCAUAGUGAACGGUAUUAAAUUUUUGGUCAAGGAAAGGGAUGAUAACCGCAAAACACAGAAUAGCGGUGUCAUGGUCCCCGGUGAAGAUGGCCAAAAUUUUUACGGCACACUUGAAAAAAUUAUGGAGUUCACUUAUUUGAAAGAUUGCAGUGUUCUCUUAUUUUUUUUGUAA